AUGAUGCAGCCUGAUGAGCUUCUUCAGUUCCCAUGGCCAUGCUUCAACGACAUAGAUUCAUGUCUUGAUGAAAUUGCAGUUUAUGGACUAGGCAUUGAUGCAGACAUGGAGUCCGGGUUCUCCCUUUUCAACACAAUUAAGGACAGUCCUGAUGUUGAAUUCAUCCCAUAUCCUCCAACAACGUUGUCUGAUGAGUACAUGGAUUUUCCCAUUCAUAUUGAUGAGGUUCAACAUACACUACCGAAUGAUGUUUAUUCACUAAAUUUGGAGGAGUUUGAGACCAUUUUGAGCAAUGAUACUGAGGAUACGUUUGGAUGGUUGGAGGAGAGACAGAAAAGUUAUCCUUCUAAACAACCCUCUGUUGAAGGAGACGACAACUGGAGCUUUAGCCCAUCCAUGAAGUCAGCUGAUGCAUCUAUGGACGUGGACUCGAUUGAAGCUUUGUUAACCUUGCCUACAGAGGACGUGGAAAUGGAUAAUGAACUGAGCAUUGUUCAUCUGGUCAUGGCCUAUGGAGAAGCUGUGGAGAAGGGAGAGGCAGAGCUUGCAGUUGUGUUGAUGAACCGCAUCCAGGAAAAAGUAAGCCCUGCUGGUGAGGUUGUGGAGCGGCUUUCAUAUUACUUAUUCCAACCCACAGACAAGCAAACAAACUACCUCAGACAAGAGUCUGCCAAGAACUUCAAUGUAGCCUUCAAAGCGUUCUACCAAAUCUUCCCAUAUGGGAAGUUUGCUCACUUUGCAGCCAACUCGGCAAUCCUUGAGGCCAUGCCUCACGAUGCUGAGACCAUACACAUAGUUGACUUCGACAUGGGAGAAGGGUUACAAUGGUCUUCAAUGAUCGAUGCCAUAGGGCAACACCACCAAAAGACAGUAAGACUCACAUCGAUCAAGCGAAGGGAGGAGGGUUAUGUUUGUGCUGCUUCACAAUGGAGAUUCGAGGAGACAAAGAGGCAUCUCUACAAUCACGCCAGAUCCGUUGGCCUAAAGCUGAAGGUAGAGGAGAUGGAGCUGCAGGGGUUGAUGAAUGAGAUAAAGAGAACGAAGAAAAAGGGUGGAAGAAGUGAAUGGCUGGCUUUUAAUUGUAUGAUGGGCCUUUCACACAUGGGGAGUACCGGCAGAAGAAGGCAGGCUAUGGAGUUCAUGACGGUAGCCAAGGAACUAACUGUCCAUUCUAAAAAUAACAACAGGGGCAUCAUAACUUUCGGUGAUGGAGAUGGCUGGGAGAAACAGAAGAACACUUCGAGUUUUAGGUUAUUCUUUAAUGAAUAUUUAAUACAUUACCAAGCCCUGUUAGAAUCAAUGGAGUGGACCUUCCCAACUCAUUUUGCAGAAGCAAGAAUAGCCAUGGAGUGUCUCUUUGUGGCACCUCAUGUCUCAUCUCUGGGUUGGUUCCAGAAGUGGGAGGAGAUGAAGGGAGGUGACUCUAAUGUUGACUCAAUAUUGGGGUUGGAGGGGUGGAGAGUGAGCCAAGAGAGCUUAAUGGAAGCCAAACAGAUGGUGAGAGAAGGGGAGAGUAAAUAUGGGGUGAAGAUUGAAGGAAACAAUAUGAAUAUGAUGGUCUUAGAAUGGAGAGGAGCCCCAUUAGUGAGAGUUUCUGCUUGGAGGUAA